AUGGAGGAACUGAUCGACGGUGGUGCGCUGAACGGCAAGGAGAAGAUUACGGAACUGCUGAACCGACGGCACAAGGAGCGGGAACUGCACAUACAGGCAGCGAAGCUGGAACGACAGAAGGAUGCGGAAGGCACGGAAGCGUUGCAAUACUUUGAGCUUUCGUUCGAGGAGAAGGUGAAGCAGAUCCGCAACACGCUGGACGGGGUGGCGGCCAGCGACCAGAAGGCGCAGGUGUUUGCCGACUGCCAGAACGAGAUCUACGACCUGCAGCGGUACCUGUCCUCGUCCACCUUCUUCCUGAACGAGUAUCGCAUCAAGGUGUGCCAGAACACGAUCAACGAGCUGGGCAAGCUGCUCGACACGCUGCGCAACGAGCUGCUGCCGAAGAAAAAGUUUGGCUUCAAGAGCAAAAAAAUCGUCAAAAUGAUCAGCGACAAGGACGCCAAAGACCGGGAGGACGGCGGGCAGGUGGCAGAAAAGACGGGCGCGUCCGCCGAAAAUCACAUCAAAUGGACGUUCAGCGAGCGGGCGGGAGAGCUAAUCGAGCUCCGGCCCGCUGCGGUGAACGACCAAACGAUCACGGCUUCGAAGCUGAAGAACUGUCUCGUGCGCAUUGAGGGCCAUCCGGGCUCGCUGCAGUUUGCGCAGCUGGACAACUGCGUGGUCGUGUGCGGUCCGACGGCACGGUCCAUCUUUCUCGACGAUUGCACCGGGUGCAAGUUCGUCGUGGCGUGUCAGCAGCUUCGCUGCCACCGUUCCCGCGACUGUGACAUGUAUCUGAACGUGACGUCGCGGGCAAUCAUCGAGGAUUGCAGCGGCAUACGGGUGGCCGCGUACAACUACCGGUACGAGAACAUCGAGGAGGACUUCCGGCAGUCCGGGCUGGAUCUGUCCUGCAACAACUGGCACACGCUGGACGACUUUAACUGGCUGUCGACCGACAAACCGUCCCCGAACUGGUCGCUGCUCGAGGGGGAGCAAACUAUCGCCGAUUGGGAUUCCUAUUUGCAACGCUUUCAACAACAGCACAGUCUCGCGAGUGUAAACCAUUGAAUAAAUACGCAUUAAACGCACGCCUGGAGUGUGUGUGUUCGGGGGGUAAUAAGUA